UAGAAUUAACUAUAAAUCCAUUUAUUUUAGCCAGACUUAAAUAUAUUUUAUUUCUGAGGAUUUUUUCGGAAACACUAUUCCGGAAUCCUACCGGAAAUAAGUUGGCAAAUAGAAUAGCAUUUCCUUUUAUGACGAGGCAAUUUCGGGAGAACGGUGAGAUAACAGUCGAGACAACAUUUUAAUUUUUUAUAAGAUUCAGAAGCUACGGAAAAUAAGUUAAAUUGUAGAAAAAACAUGCCAAAAGAAAAAUCAACGAGGGCGAAAAAGAAGAAGGGAGGUGAUGUUAUGAGAAAGGGGCGAACAAAUAAAAAUGUGGAAGGUCCAGUUGAAUUUCAAGAGCAGACGACAAUGGAGACAUCAACAAAUAACGGAUUUGAGGGAGAAAUGGAUGUAUCACCCAGAGAUGAACCAUCGGGAUUCCGCAUGGAGAAUUCCAGGGAAACCAUUCGAGAACAACAGGUAUGGGUAGUGGGCUCAUCAAUAGUCAAAAGAGCAUUUUUAGCAGCUAGAAUCAGACCAGAUGGAGUUAACUUGGGACUAAUGGAUAGAUUAAAUGUGUCUAUUUGGUGGCAAGGAAAAGGGGGUAUGGGCUGGUAUGAAAUGUACAACAAGAUCAAAACAUUGCUGAAAGUUGCUGACCCUCCUGAUUACAUUAUUCUACAUUGUGGUGGUAAUAAUAUUGGGUACACACCAAUCAAACAGCUUAUACAAGAUAUGAAAGGUACAAUUGACAAAAUUUGGAAACUUUUACCCAAUACAAAGCUUGUAUGGUCACAAAUAUUGCCUAGAAAGAACUGGUAUUCAUCAGAUAGCAUAGAAAAAAUGAAUAAUUCUGCAAAAAGAAUCAACAGUUCAGUGGCGGCUUAUAUAGUAAGGAAUGGGGGAUGUUAUAUCAAGUAUUUGGAUAUCAAACUUGUAAACACAAAUCUUUUUGAGGCAGAUGGGGUCCAUAUAUCAAAUAUAGGCAAUGAAAUUUUUCUCAACAACAUUAGUGCAGGGUUAGAACAAUUUAUAACGAAUGGAUGGCAAGUGUAUCCAAAGUUAUACUAGAAUUUGGACGGGGUAUUUUGUGGCAAGGUCUUGGCUCCAGGAACUAGCCGCUUCCCCCCCCCCCCCCCCUUGGUGGCGGUGGCUUCAAUGGUUAAUAUUGUAACCAUUUCCGCCAUGUGGAAGAAUGCGCGUCUGGUUCCUGUGAUUGGACAUUGAAUGAUUUGAUUGGACAAUAUUGUAUGUAUUGAAUUAUUUGGUGACAAUUUGGUCACAUAUAUAUAUGAUACACUUUGAUUGCCGCUCACCGGAAUCAUAGUCAUAUGGUUUUUUGUU